AUGAGAGGUGAUAGGAGGUCGUCUUCUUUUCGUAAGGACAAGCCUGUGGGACUGUCCCGCGCCCUCAGCUGGCUAAAUGUGUCCACGCUGUCCCGCCAGAGUAAAAGGAUCUUCCACAGUCAGGGCGAGCUGCACGGCCGCCACACGCUGUCACACUCCCACCUCCACACAGCUAACAGAGACGACGACGACAACUGGGUGUACCAACCACAACAUAGGAUAGGGGAAGCAGAGGAGGGGCUGUGGAUAGAGCUCUUCCUGCAGAGUUGGCCUGUGUCCACUCGGGGCGUGUGUGCGAGGGGAGAGCUGGAGUGA